UCUAUUGCUACAUGAAUGGACCUUCUUCCUUCUGUUGCAGAGUUGCGUAUAAUUGUUGCAUAUUGGAAAUAGGGUUCUGGUGUGUGAGAAGUGAACGGGUUCAGAACGAGGGAUUGGGGUCGUUGAGGAGCAGAGAGUUUACCUUGGAGGGAGGGGGGAAGCAGAGGAGCCAAUAGCAAAGCAGCCUGAUAAUGAGAAGCAGCGACAGCCAGUGAUCCCUAAAGUGCAAAGUACAAAGAGGAUCAAGAAAAGGAAGAGUCAGAGGGAGAAGGAAAGUGGUAAAUGAAUAAAGAGGAAGAGAGAAGCGGAAAAGCAGGCAGAGAGAAGGAGGAGAGAGGAAGAGAUAAGACCAGCAGCGAUAGAACAGACGGCCAGACUGUUCUACCACAGGGAGAUAGAACACUGACUGUAACAGCUGAACAAGCGACAGAGCACAGGUGCCCCUGUGAUGCCUGGACCUCCCUAACCCUUCUACUUCCCACUCUCCAGUAUGUCCUUCUCUCCCUCACCCUCUUCCCCUAACUCUUCCCUCCCCACUUCAUCCUCCCAGGGAUCAACGUGCCAGCUGGAUGAGUCCUACAAGCAUAUCUUCCUCCCUAUCUGCUACCUCUUUACAUUUCUGCUCAGCCUGGGCCUCAACUCAGUGGUCCUCACACAGUGCCUACGUCACCCAAGGAACCCAUCUCUGGUCUACAUGUUCAACCUGGCUCUCAGCGACCUGAUGUAUAGUCUGUCCUUGCCCUUUCUCAUCACUAGCUACAUCUCCCGUGACAGAUGGCUCUUCGGGGACCCCAUGUGUCGCUUAGUUCGUUUCCUCUUCUACUUUAACCUCUACUGCAGUAUAUUCUUCCUCACCUGCAUCUCAUACCAUCGCUACAGGGGCAUCUGCCACCCAAUGCGCACUAUGCGUAUAGAGACCCUACGAUGGGUGAGGGCUACCUGUGUGCUGGUCUGGACCCUUGUAUUUGCUUUGACAUCACCCAUUCUGUUCUUUGCCCGGACAGGACCCCUAGAUGGUCCAGUUGAUGGAGUAACCUGUUGGGAUGAUGCCCUUGAUGAAGACCUUCCUAAAUAUGUACCAUAUGGGGUUUUCCUUCACAUAUCAGGCUUCUUCCUGCCAUUCUCACUCACUGCCUGGUGCUAUUCUCGGGUGGUACGUACACUGUGGCGGACAUUAAAGGGGGGCGUUGUGCCUGGACCAGUUCCUGGAGUUGCUCAGAGGCGCAAAUCAAUCCGAACCAUUGUCACAAUCACCCUCCUUUUUGCUCUUUGCUUUUUGCCUUUCCAUGUGACCCGCACAAUAUUUUUGGCCCUGAGAGCAGGAGGAGCUGCCCUUGGUGGUUGCCGAGCACUAGGGGUGGUGGCUGUCUGCUAUAAGGUUACUCGACCCUUAGCCAGUGCCAACGCCUUUCUCAAUGCUUUGUUGUACUUUUUAACCAAGGAACCCUGUGGUCGAGGGAACAGGGGGAAAAAAGGAGAGCCUAUUUCAAAGCAAGAGGGCAAGAAGGGACAAUCCAAGGAAUCCCAGGUCUGGGGAAACAUUUACCCUUCUUUCCCGUGAGAUGUACAAAAUAAAAGAAGCCAACCCUGAGUAAUAAAGUGAUGUGAUGGAAUUUCUGCAUGAGACAAGAUGGCUGUGAUGGGCUUGGGGAAAUGGGCAUCUAGAUGGACAGUUUCUCCUACUUGGGUGUGGAUGGAAGUUCUUGACCUGUGGAGCAUUUCUUUGAAUGGACAAUGUAAGCUACAUGUAGACUCUGUACCAAACUAUGCAUCAUGUUGUAGAAGGACAAUGGAUGCCCUAUGAACCAGGAUAAAAUGGAGUGUGAUGACUGUGUGUCGUCAG